AAUAUCAUCUUCUGAUGUCUUUCUUCCUGGCGUUUUGUUUUUUGUUUUUUGUUUUUUACGUUUCCAUGAAGAAGAAGUGAGGGACGGGGCUAAAAGUCAGGCUGGUGACAAGGGUGGGGCCUCGCUGUCCCCACCUUCUGUGACAUCACACCUCACUGCUUGAGGGAUGCCUGGUGAGCAGAGGACACUGGGGGCGCCCAUCUGCUGUCAGGUGCGGGGACCUUGCUGCGCCCAGGCAGCCUGACCGGAGGCCAUGGUGGUCCAGCGGGUGGAUAGCAGGGGGCGGGUGGCCGCCGAGCCGCUUGAACGCACAAGGGGCAGUCGCUGUGAGGACAAGAAGCAGACGCUGUUGGCGCUGCUGGUCUUGGUGCUGUACGUGAGCACGGGGAUUUCAGGAAGAAGUUGGGAGAUGUCAGAAAGGAUCAAAGAAUGUAACUACCAGAAUCCUGUAGCUUCCCAGGGAUUUGAAUUCCAGACCAAGGAUCCCUCCAAAGAGCCGCUAAAGGUCGUCAGGACUUGGUUGAAGGAGAACUUGCAAGUUUUCUUAGAAAAGCUCGAGAAGGAGGUGCGAGAGCUGGAGCAGCUGGUGCGGGACCUGGAAGAGUGGCUCGAUGUCCUUCUGGGUGAGGGGCACCCCGAGGAAUCCUGCUCCUCCUUCAGGAACCGUGUGUGAGGGGCCCGGGCUGGGACCCGGGCAGGAAGCCAAGGAGGCAGGGGAAAGGCUUGCCAAGGGGCUCCCCUAAGUAGGGCUAAGCUGUGAUCCCUGAAGUUCAAGACAGGCAAAAAAUAAAUAAAUAAAAUAGAAUAG